GAGGGCGCCUCGGCCAUGCGCGGUCCCCGCCGCCGCGCACCCCCCGGUGACAGCGGGGACCUCGGCGGCGGGCGGAGCGGAGCGGGGAGGGCGAAGGGAACUCCCCGGGGGCGACUCGGUCCUGUUCCGUCUCCCUCCUUUUUCUUCCCUCCUCCUUCUCCUCUCGGCGUUUUUCCACCUCCUCCGCUCCCGAGCGAGCGCAGCCUCGGAUGUCCGGUUUCCUGGUGGGCUUUUUUACCUGGCAAACUCCGGAUAACUUGGGUGAGACUUCGCAAAGCAGCCGGGGGAAGUUGCCAGCUCCCCUGCGGGAGUCCAGGAAGCCGCUGCUACCGCACCUUCUCCGUCCCCACGGAUUUUACCGCCUCGGAUGCUGCGAGGGGAGGGAGGGGGGAGAGGAAGGGAAGGAGCCUCGUAAUUUCGCCUGCAUUCCUGCAGCCGCCCCGCGGCCCCGCUCCGCGCUCUCCCUGCCAGCUCCGCACAAUGCACUUGCUGGAGGUGCUCUGCCUGGGUUGCUGCCUCGCUGCCGGCGCCGUGCUCCUGGGACCCCGGCACCCGGCCGCCGCCGCCGCCUACGAGUCCGGCCAGGGCUACGAGGAGGAGUCCGAAGCCGGGGAGGCAAAGGCUCAUGCAAGCAAAGACCUGGAAGAACAGUUGCGGUCUGUGUCCAGUGUGGAUGAACUCAUGACAGUACUUUACCCAGAAUACUGGAAAAUGUUCAAAUGUCAGUUGAGGAAAGGAGGUUGGCAACACAACAGGGAGCACUCCAGCUUCGACACAAGAUCAGAUGAGUCCCUGAAAUUUGCUGCAGCGCACUAUAAUGCAGAGAUCCUGAAAAGUAUUGAUACUGAAUGGAGAAAAACUCAGUGCAUGCCACGUGAAGUGUGUGUGGAUGUGGGAAAAGAGUUUGGAGCAACUACAAACACCUUCUUUAAACCCCCAUGUGUAUCCAUCUACAGAUGUGGAGGCUGCUGCAAUAGUGAAGGACUCCAGUGUAUGAAUAUCAGCACAAAUUACAUCAGCAAGACAUUGUUUGAGAUCACAGUGCCUCUCUCUCAUGGCCCCAAACCUGUAACCAUCAGUUUUGCCAAUCACACAUCCUGCCGAUGCAUGUCGAAGUUGGAUGUUUACAGACAAGUUCAUUCUAUCAUAAGGCGUUCCUUGCCAGCAACACAAACUCAGUGUCAUGUGGUAAACAAGACCUGUCCAAAAAAUCAUAUCUGGAAUAAUCAAAUUUGUAGAUGUUUGGCACAGCAUGAUUUUGAUAUCUCCUCUCAUGUUGAAGUUUCUGACACAUCUGAAGGAUUCCAUAUUUGUGGACCAAACAAAGAGCUUGAUGAAGAAACCUGUCAAUGUGUCUGCAAAGGAGGCAUGCAGCCCUCAAGCUGUGGACCGCACAAAGAAUUAGAUAGAUCAUCAUGUCAGUGCAUUUGCAAAAACAAACUUCUCCCUGCGUCCUGUGGACCAAACAAGGAAUUUGAUGAAGAUAAGUGCCAAUGUGUAUGUAAAAAGACCUGUCCUAAACACCAGCCUCUAAAUCCUGCAAAAUGCAUCUGUGAAUGUAUAGAAUCUCCCAAUAAAUGCUUCUUGAAAGGAAAAAGGUUCCAUCACCAGACAUGCAGUUGUUACAGACCACCAUGUACAGUCCGAACGAAACGCUGUGAUUCUGGAUUCUAUUUUAGCGAAGAAGUGUGCCGCUGUGUACCCACAUAUUGGAAAAGACCACUUAUGAAUUAGUGAAGAGAGCACUACUUGCUAUGUUGGUGUACAUUUUUCCAUUAGAACAAAAGAGCAACAGAAACUUUGCUAAUAUUUGGAAUUAAAUGUUCACCAGAAACCCUAUGGGGCUUUCAGAGACAGACGCAUUGUGCUUUUCUCAAGACAUGGAAAGCAAAUGUGGAAAAUAACUGGGAUUCAUGUUUUAUAAAAGAACUCAAUAAGGACUUAUUUUCUGCCAAUGACCAAACAGCCUAGGUUCUACUUCUUAUGAUUUUUUUUAAAGAGAUAAUGACUAUAUAAUUUAUUUCCACUAAAACCAUUGUGCAGCAUUUCUGUUUAUAGCAGUAACAAUUGUUAAAGCUCACUGUGAUCAAUAUUUUUAUAUCAUGCAAAGUAUGUUUAAAAUAAAAUGGAAAUUGUAUUAUAUAAUGGUGAGAAAGUUUAAUUGUCUGCCUAUAGAAAGGAACUACAAUUCAGCCUCAUUAACAGAAUUAUUAAAAGAAGGGGGAAGCUGGUUAAGAGAAAACACUUUUAUGAAAGGAAGACUACACUUUCUCAUGCCUGUUUUGUAUGUUGUUUGAAAUAGAAAGUCUUAUACUUAGUGUUUCAUGACCCAGUGAUAGUUCUGUUUCUUGAAUGAACCUAGCAAAGCAAACACAAUUAAUAAUGAAUGAAAAUAUUGGAGAUCACGUACAUUGCCCAAGGAUAAGGACUAUGUUUAGGGGACUGCAGCAACUAUUCACAUUCCAAUAUAUUCACCUUUUAUUUUAUUUCCUGUUAGCGUCUCUAAAGAAUAAUAUAAAAUAAUAUCUAUUGAAGUUCAUUAAUCUGAAAGUGAAAAUGUCAGCUGUGCUCUUUAUUUAGUAUUACAGGCUAUAUUACAAAAUUUACAACGAAAUAAUUCAGAAUGCUUUGAUGCACUUUACUGUUUCAUACAGUCAUAUAUUGAUCAACAAUGUAUGUGUGUGCAAAAAUACUUCGAAGGAAAAAAAUACAAUUUAUAUUCCAAGAGGGACAUGAAAGAACUUCCAGCAGUCUGGUAUUGAUUGACAUAAUCUCUACAAAAAAAAUUGUCAGUCCAUAUCUUUAUUAAAGAGAAUGCAAAAUCAAACAUCUACAACUCAAAAAAGAGGUAAGAUUUUUAACUUGCAUGGGAAGAGCAAUGUGCAUAGAACAUGCUUCAGAAGUUAGAAGGAUUUUUGUAGAAACUUUAUUGUAUGCAGAAAUGGAACAAGCAAAUCUACUAAGCAAAAUUUUUGUAACUGGAGGAGGCAGAUCUGCAAAAAUAAUUUUAGAGGUCGUUAGUCUGAAAUGCUGGUUCUGAGCAGCAGUUCUUAGAAGAGAUAUGAAUGAAUUAACAGGAUUAUUUCCUAGAAAGGUGGGCGUGAGGGGGUUGGCUCUUCUAGAUUCUUGCAUAUUUAAGUGUAAGGGUUCCUAAAACUGAGCGAAAGCUGCUUUGACCUACUUGUGGGUUGAGACAGUCUAACAAGUUGAAUGAGAGACAGUUUGAAAGUUCACACUUUCCACUGCACAUCUAAUGUCUUUAAUGUUCAUCUUUAAGAGGCCAGCUAUUAAUCAUCUGAAUAGGAGAAUAGGAGGGAGUUUAGGCAUACAGAUACUGAGAAAUGUAUUGGCUUAGCAAUCACAUGCAACUAGAACUCUGGAUGAUCAUUUUACUUUGAAAUACAACUUCAUGCUAGUGUAGCAACACACAGUUCCUGUCAGUUGAAUAGUAGUAAUACAAAUCCAUAGUGUUACAACUGGCAAUGUCAAUCUAAUAUCAAGAAAUUAGUUUUAGUCAAAACUUCAUUAGGUAUUACUGAAAAUCCAGGCAUCCACUUCUAUAUGUCAGCUGCUUGAAGGGAACAUAAAAAUGUCUUAAGAAAUCAAUUGAAGAGCAAACUUUAAUGAAGACUUGAGAAAACACACUGCAGGUGAAGCUCUCAGAAUAUGAUUUUUCAUUUCUAUCCAAGCCCAAAACAGAACAGCAGCAGAGGGGGAAAGACAGACCAAAUCAGCAACUAGGAACAGAGGCUAAGUAAGCCAGUAUUUAACAGACAAAAUGUGUUAUUGUGAUUAAAAAGGAGGAGGACACAAGUGAAGACUGAGCAAAACUGCAUUCCAACAAGUAAUUCUAUGUAGAUUAUAAAAAGCACAUGUUAGGAUGCUGGACAAAUAAAGAACUAUUGAACUGAGCAAUGCUUUCUUUACAUGUCUAAACUAUUCAAAAGGAGUUCAUGAAAACAGAUCUAAUAAAACCAUUCUGGCUAAGUAGAUAUUUGGAUUUCUACUGAGUGUACUACACUCCAAAGUCAUCAGAGUAGGGAAGGGAAGGCAGGGACUUUGAAAAUGAGACCACUGAUCAGGAAGCUCCAACUUUAUUACAAACAUCAGCAUUUAGUAAGAAUUACUUUCUUGAAUACAUUUUUAAAAAUUUCUUAACUUACUGAACUUACUAAUUAACAAAUAUGGAGACAUAAAUAUGUCUGGAUAUCCAUAUCCAGACAUAAAUCACGUAGAUCACUAAGUAAAGCUAAGAUUUAAAGAAAGCCAAGACCUUAGUUUUAAAAGUAACCACCAAUGGAGUUUUAUAUCUCACCAAGUGACUGGUCAACCAUUCUCAAUGGUAUGUGGGUGAUGAUACAACAUGCAAUCAGUUGAUUGUGGGUUUUGGCAAUUAGGCUCAAAUUCUGAUUACAUGAAAAUAUCCUUUUUUCGAAAAAUGUAUUAUAACAAGAACACAGUAUCUCUGUCGUUAGCGUAUGCUACAGGUUUCCCAUUCUAAAUGAUAAAAUGUGAUUCUGUUUAUCUCAGUAUUGUCACAAAAUCAUCUAUAUUUAAGCAAACAUUUACCUGUAGAGAAAUACAAAGUGGUGGCAUAAUCUGCAUAGCAGAUCUUCCUUGUAUCUUUUAUAUAAAGUAGAUAAUAGAUUUACACAAUUUUCAGUUUUGGAGUGUUAUUCAGUAUUUUUCUUGCAAUUUUCAUCUUCAUUUCAAAUAAUAACUUUAUAUUCUUAAAAUGUAUAAAAGAGAGAAAAUACAGCUUAAAAGAAGAUCUUAAAAUAUAGGUAAUAAUUCUAUAUACAAGUUAUUCUGCACUAACUGAAUAAAAAGCUUAUAUUGUUAUUUGUGUAACCCCCCACUGUACUUUCUACAAAAAAUACAAGGUGGGGGGAGUAUGAGACGGGACACAAUGUGGAUUGUAACUGCAGUAAAACACUUAAAAGUAAACAGACUCAUACUUGCAUUUCAUCAAGAAUUUACAACAGUUUCUGUAGUCUUUCAAUAUCGUAAUAUAUGGAGACCAUAAAUUAUGCAGGGCAACCUCUCUCUACCUGUAUUAGCAGAAGGGCAUACUAUUUACAGUAUGUGGUGUUAGUCUGCUGGAAUGUUUAGUUGCACAAGAUAGUUGAACAAGAUAGUAAAUCAAUUUUCUAAGUCCUGUUUGAAAGACCAGCAUGAAAUCUUGCACUUGUACUGUAUCACCUUGAAAGGCUUAGUGUUAGUAUUGCCCUCAGUGUUCUCAUUUUCAGUCUUCAGAUCUCAGUGAAAACUGUAGAAACUCUUGAAUUUUAACAUCUCACUCUCUCUGAUUUUCUGGAAAAAAAAUGAGCAAUCACAUCUAUGUCAUAAGCUAGCAAUGGAAUAAUUUAUGCAACCAGUAAGCUCAU